AUGGAUAACCUGCCAAGAUUAUACUCAAUGCUCUUAGUUCUUUGCCUGUCAUUAUCAGCUCUUCAUUCAUCACAAGCACAAGUAACUGAAGGAGCCCCUCCUCGUUCUAUAGAAUAUCCACUAGGGGGCGAUACCACUCAUGUCGGGAAUCGGCACUUCCUGUUAUGUAUCAGUGACGGAUCAGCAUUCCCAGCGCCAGUUUAUAGGUGGAAGAAGGAUAAUGUAUUUAUAACAGAAAAUAGUACAGAUAGGACAUUAAAGUUAGAGAAUAUUCAACGUAACGAUGCAGGGUUAUAUCAGUGCCUUGCUGCUAACCAGUUUGGUGCAGUGCUCAGUCGAACAUCCAAAGUUGGCGUCACUUAUAUAUUCCCAUUCUCCAAUCCCGGAGCUGGUUCUGAAAUCAGCGUCGACCAAGGACAGGCUGCCGUCAUUGAGAUGCCACCUAUUGACUGUUUCCCGGAACCCUGGGUAGAAUGGUUCGAUCAGAAUAUACUCGUGCAGAACUCUUUAGAAUCUCAUCGCUAUCACGUCACGUUAAACCACAAGCUUGUUAUCCUCGGCACUGAUUUGGAUAAAGAUAAUGGGAAAUUGUUUAAAGUUACCGCCACAAACAAAUUCACGUCGGGAAGUGAUAGUAAAACGUUCACGCUACGAGUGCAAAAUGUUGGUAGCCUUGUGUCCCGCAUUCCUCCCCAGAUCAUCAUUCCACCAGUUGAUACUACAGGUGUUCAGUCUCUUGGGGGAGGGGAUAGUCCCGUGCGCUUGGAGUGUAUUGCAAAUGCAAGACCUUUGAAUUAUCUCGAGAUCUUGUGGUUCAGAAAGACCGGCUCUGAGAAAACUGCCAUCAAUGACAACAUAUCGAAAUAUAUCCUUACCUCAAGGAAUCGCACGCUGACAAUCAAGGAUCCCUUGACUUCAGAUAGUGGCUUGUAUACCUGUGAAGCUCACCUUAACAUUCCUGGGAGUCCAGGACUGUAUAACCCUGCCUCAGCAACACUCAAUCUUACCAUACAUUUGGUCCCUCGCUUCAAUACCUACUUACCAAGCGAGCUGAGAACUGACUUUGGAGACAGGAUAGAGAUCCCCUGCGAUACAACGGGAAUCCCCACACCAACAAUCACAUGGUAUAAAAAUGGAAAGAAAGUUGCAGAUUUAAAUGAACCAAGGUAUACACCACAACCCUCUGGGAGUUUAGUUAUCACGGAUGCAGCCACUGAAGAUUCUGGGAUGUUUCAGUGUUUUGCGUCAAAUCCUGCGGGAUCUGUCGAUGGAGCAUCUUGGAUUAGAGUUAUCAGUUCGCCUCCAGAAAUAACAGAGAAGCCAUCAAAUCUUUCCAUUGUAGAAGGAAAUGAUGCUAGAUUCCCUUGUAAAGUACAGGGUGCUCCAAAACCAACUGUAGUUUGGACCAGAGAGACAUCAAGUGGCCUAGAAGUGAUUCCAGAAGAAGGGAUAGUUGGCCCAUCAAGCACUGUUCGUAUCCUUGACGAUAUCCUGCUCAUUUCUACAUCUGACGUGGAAGACUCUGGAAAAUACACCUGCAAUGCCACAAAUACAAAAGGAAAUGCCAUCGCCUUUGCAUAUCUAGAAGUCUCAGUGAGAACCCGCAUUACUCAACCCCCGCAAGACACCUCUGCCAUAAUGGGAUCAACGACCAUUUUGUCAUGUGGUGUGUCACAUGACCCAGAUGUACAGAUAACUAUGAAAUGGUUCCACAACAGUAGACAGCUGACAAUCACCGAUCCGACCAGUCGUAUUUCAAUGACACCAGAGGGCGGUUUGACAAUACGCCAAGUACGAACUGAUGAUAUUGGCGUGUAUAGGUGUGAGGUGACGUCGCGAGGAGGAGAUGAUUCCCGACAAGCUAAUCUACAAGUUAUAGAACUGCCCCAUCCUCCAAGUAUCACAUCGGUGAAGUUAAACAGUGAUAAUGCAAAAGCUGUGGAUGUAUCUUGGGCACCAGGGUUUGAUGGCAACAGUCCAAUUCAGAAGUACAUCAUUCAGUACAGAGUUAAACCAGAAGAUCGUGAGUUGGGUCCAGAUGAUAACUGGCAGGUGUCUAACAGUAACAUUAACAAGGAUCUCAGGCUUUACACUGUCACACACCUGCUGCCAGCUAAGAAAUACCAGUUCAGAAUCAGUGCAGUGAAUGGUGUAGGGGAAGGGCCAUCUAGCAUGCCAAGUCAGGAUAUCACACUACCUGAACAGCCGCCCAGUGCACCACCACUAGGUGUUGUUGCUAGUGCCAGCUCUAAUUCGUCAAUCAUCAUUCAGUGGUCGCCUCCCGAGGAAGUCUUCUGGAAUGGUCCCCUCAAAGGUUACAUCAUCCGCUACAAACUUGCAGGGUAUCCUGGGAGUUUUACCGAACACAACAUCACAGAUGUGAUUUUACGACGUUAUGAACUGAAAGAGCUGAUUGUGUUCCAAGAGUAUGAGAUGCAGGUUGCUGCAUACAAUCGUAAAGGGACGGGAGUUUUUAGUAGUAGUAUCCGGGAAUGGACAGAAGAGGGAGUACCCACGGCAUCUCCUGUGAAUGUGACAGCAUUUGCUGCGAGUUCAACUUCAAUCACAGUACAUUGGAGUCCCCCUGAUCCUCAGUUUCUAAAUGGUAUCAAUCAAGGCUAUAAAAUCUCAGCUCAGAGGCCUAACACGUUGAAUCCUGAUGUAAUUCUCACUGUACCACUUGAUGUCUUAAACAUUUACGGCAACCAAAGCGCAACUGUUGAAGAUUUACGGAAAUAUACACAGUAUGACAUCACAGUGCUUUGCUACACUGGUAAAGGCGAUGGUCCAAAAUCAGCGAGUAUAGCACUAACAACAAAGGAGGAUAUUCCUGAUGCAGUAAGCAGUUUGGAAUUUACAGAUAUUACAUUUACUUCUGUUAAAGUCAGCUGGACCCCACCCGAAAAUAUCAAUGGAGAGUUAGUUGGUUAUACACUACAAUGGGUCAAAAAGAACAUUACAGCAACAACAAAAAGAAGACGUCGAAGAAAUGUUGAGGAGCGCAUCUUACCACCAGGAACCCUGAGUGAUGAUAUAACUAACCUCCAACCAGAGACUGUGUAUACAAUAUCUAUAUUCGCCAGUUCAAGAGUUGGGCCAGGUCCAGUGAGAUCAGCUGACAUAGAAUCUGGAGUGCCACCAGAGCCCCCAGGUGCCCCUACCAACCUAGGUGUAUCAAACAGAAAAGCCAGAUCAGUCCUACUCCAGUUCCAACCCGGAUAUGACGGCAAAACAUCAAUUACAAAAUGGCUGGUUGAAGGCCAGGUGGGAAAUGAUCUCAAUUGGGAGUUGAUAUAUGAGUACUCUGACCCAGAUGCUCAAAAAAUUGUGGUCGAGAAUCUACGACCAUACACUAACUAUUUACUGCGAAUGAAAGCUCAGAAUGUUGCGGGAAUUAGUCCUCCUAGUGAGCCAACAUCAAAGUUUCAGACCAUACAGGCAGCUCCAUCUAUGCCCCCUAAGAAUGUGACUGUAAGAGCAGUGAACGAGACAGCAGUCAGAGUUCGUUGGACGCCAUUACCCGCCACAGAGUGGAACGGCGCUCCCAGGGGAUACAGGAUUGCAUACAAGCGCAGUGAUGUCACUACGUAUCUCUCACUGGAGCUUGAGAAACCCUCUGCGAACAGCUACAUUCUCUCAAAGCUGCACCAAUGGGCUGUGUAUGACGUGAAGGUGGAGGCGUACAAUGAUGUUGGGAACAGUGGCUACAGCCCAGUGGCAUCUGAUAGGACUAGAGAAUCCACCCCAAGUGAAGGUCCAAGUAAUGUUGAAGCAACAACUCUAUCUUCAACCAGCAUUCGUGUUGUGUGGGGUGAUGUACCUGAGCUACAUCGUAAUGGUCUCAUCGUAGGCUAUAAAGUCCAGUAUGGAUCUACAGAGGCCAACAUUGCACCUGUUCUUAAGGAGAUAACUGACAACAAUACAAAAACAACAGUGUUGAACGAUCUGAAGAAAUAUGUCCAGUAUGAGGUGCAGUUGUUGGCCUAUACUAGAAUUGGAGAUGGCGUGUUAAGUAGACCACCUGCUGUGGCUAGGACGUUCUCAGACAAACCAGGUCCCCCAUCAAGUAUCUAUUUCCCUGAUGUGACAUACACCUUCCUCAAGUGUCAGUGGAGCCCUCCAGUGGAGCCCAAUGGAGUUAUUACAGGAUAUAGAAUCGCUUAUAAAGAGUUUGGCAGUCGUGAUGACCCAUUCGUAGAUGAAACAUUAGGUGCAGAUAGACUUUACUAUGAAGUGAACGAUUUACAACAAAUGACAGAUUAUGAGUUCAAUCUUACUGCUAAGGGUGAUGGAGAAGGAUGGGGUGAGACUGCAACAGUGAAAGUUGUCACCAUGAUCAACAGAAAUCGACCAGAUCCACCAUCGAAACCUACCAUUGGCCAGUCUCAAGUGUCUUCCCGUGAAGUCACAAUCAGUUGGCAACCUGGGAAUGAUGGAUAUGGACCCCUUAGAAACUACACAAUACAGGUCUAUAAGGAGGGUGGUGAAUGGGUGACCCUGCCAGAUAUUGUGCCACCUGAUGUGACUUCCUACACUAUCUAUGGCUUGAAGCCUUUCACCAAGUAUAACUUCAGACUUGCUGCCAGCAAUGAUGUUGGGACCAGUGAUUAUAGUCCUUUAUCAGAUGAGGCUCGCACUCUUCCAGAUGCACCCGAUGGUGCCCCCUAUAAUUUAAGGGCUGUACCAUAUACAACUGUUUCUGUGAAAGUCACAUGGGAGCUUCCCGAAGAUAAAGCCUGGAAUGGAGAUAAGAUAGGCUACCAUGUUCAGGUUCGAGAAGAUCAGAGCCAGAUACAAUGGCGUAUGGAGACUGUCCUCAAUGCCCAGAUUGAUACUCUCCUUCUAGAUAACAUGCAACUGAAAAAGGCAUAUGAGUGUCGAAUUCAGGCGUUUAAUAUGUACGGAGCUGGCCCAUGGAGCAAUGUUAUACUGGUUUAUAUGGAGAUAGAAAAAGUGUAUGAAAUGCGUGUCAUAGCAUAUAAUUCUCAGGGUGCUGGACCCCCUAGUAAACCUAUUGAUGUAUAUGUCGGGGAGGCUGUCCCGACCGAAGAACCAAAAGAUGUCUCUGCUGUUCCAAAAAGUUCUACAGAAAUCUCUGUUAAUUGGAGUCCACCUGCCAAGGAGACGUGGAACGGAGACUUACUGGGCUAUAAGGUGUAUUACUGGGUAGAAAACAGUAGAGAGACAGAGCGGGUUCACAUUGUAUCGGCAGAUGUUAGUGACACAAUUUUAGAUAACCUGUCUAUUUUCACCACAUAUAGGAUCUCAGUCCUGGCAUUUAAUCCAGCUGGAGAUGGACCAAAUAGUACUGUAGCCAUUGCUAAAACACACGAAGGAGUACCUGGUCCACCAGGAGUAUUGGUGUUCUCGAAUGUCUCUCUGAACUCUUUGAAUGUCAGUUGGAGUGCCCCUGAGAGAUCCAAUGGCAUCAUAACACAAUAUGAGAUACUGUAUUUCCAGAGUGAGGCUUCUGAAGGCACAAUCAGUAAAACUGUCCAAGUUCAAGUAAAUGGAACAAUAACACACUACCUUGCGGGGGAUCUAGAUGAGAACGUUAGAUAUGUCUUUAGUGUGAAGGGACGAACUUCUAUCAGUUGGGGGGAACCACGACAGGGAAAUAUCACCACUGGGCCUCAGCCAGGAUCUCCUGGGGUCCCUAGUCAGCCUACAUUUGUUCCCAGUGAUAUGUCAGUACAGAUUUCUUGGAAGAAUGGAAAUGAAGGGGAGUCGCCGAUAACUGGAUAUAUCAUACAGGCAAAACCAACUACUGAGAUCAAGUGGACCACUAUAAUGCGUACAAACAUGCGUGAAUCCAGCGUGAUCAUCAGCUAUCGCAAUCUCAACCCAAGUACCAACUACCAGUUCAGAGUUAUAGCUAUUAAUGCCAAGGGUAUCAGUGCACCAAGCCAGCCUUCGGCCAUUAUGAGAACACCAGAUUUUGCGCAGUUGCCAUUCUACCAGCAGUGGUGGUUCCUUGUGAUCGUUGCUUUGACUGGUCUUAUCUUUAUCAUCAUCAUUAUCGCCAUCCUUUGUAUAUCUGGCAGAAACAAGAAGAAUGCCAAAUAUAAGCAAGAGGUGAUCAAUAAGGCAUUGAGUAUGGAGGGCAUGAAUGGAGUUCGUACAGAUGAUGGGGGAUUCGGCACAUUUGAAUUACGCCAGUCAAGAAGAAAACCCAGCAGUAAUCGCAACUCAAAAGAAAUUAGAAAUAGUUUAUAUGCAGCAAGGGCACCCCCUAGGCCCAGCCCUGCCAGUGUCACAUACUCAGAUGCUGAAGAAGAUCGGAAGUCUUACAUGGAAGAUGAUGAGUCAAGUAGCCUCACUGAUAAACCUUCUGAUGUAGAUUCCAUUACAGAUUCACAGAAUUCAGAAGACAGUGAACCAGAGAGUGAAAAACCAGAUAGAUCAUUUGCCAACCAUUAUGUCAAUGAUCCUGUAAGACAGUCAUGGAAAAGACAAUCCAGUAAUCCAAACAAUGCAUAUAGUUACACUGACAGUGAACCUGAUAAUUAUUCAGUCAACUUAAAUGGCGGCCAUGUCAUAAUGAACAAUAGUGCCGGCUCUCGGGCACCAUUAGCUGGAUUUUCAUCAUUUGUAUGAUGAAGGAUCAUGGGUAAUAUUACCCAUGUUUUUGCCAUUCCGCAGUGUCAAAUUAUAUCAAUUCUUAGUGGCCAUAUUGACUGAAAUCAUUUAUUAUUGUGUGGUGUUAAAGGUGCCACCUGGAUUAUAUGUAUCAAGAUGUAAGUUAUGGAGCAUGCUGGAACUGUUUACAAAGAUAGUCUGGCAAAUAGCUUCAAACAAACUAUAUCAUAAGGCUUGCUGGAACUAUUUACAAAGACAACCCUACAAAUAACCUCAACAGAUCAUUAUAAUUGCCUGGAUGUAAAUCAUUACGCAUGCUGGAACUAUUUACAAAGAUAGGCCUGCAUUAUAACUUCCAGC